GGCCUCGUUCAGCUGAUCCUCCAUCGCUCGCAACCGGCCGCCCAGACGACACACUCUCUCGAGUUCCUUGAUUUCCUCCAAGAUGUUCCGUUCUGCGCUCACGAGGGUCAGCCAUGUCGCCAAGGCAUCUCUGCUGGAGACUUCCUCGAGGAUUCCUGCGGCGACAGCCAGCCGUAGCAUGUCCAAGCAUUCAACGGAGACAGAUGCUGAAUUUGAUGCCCGUUAUGAAGCAUACUUCUCCCGACCAGACAUUGAUGGUUGGGAAGUUCGCAAGGCCAUGAAUGAUCUGUGUGGUAUGGACCUGGUUCCUGAGCCCAAGAUCAUUGUUGCUGCCUUGAAUGCUUGCCGUCGUUGCAAUGACUAUGCCCUGGCAGUGCGCUUCAUUGAGGCAAUCAAGGACAAGUGUGGUGCCAAACAAAAGGAAAUCUAUCCCUAUGUUUUACAGGAGAUCCAGCCAACACUGGCUCAGUUGGGCAUCAGCACCCCAGAAGAAAUGGGCUAUGACAAACCUGAGCUUGCCCUAGAGAGUGUGUAUGACCAAUAAAAAAGAAUACAUUUUACGUAUUUAUGAUUAGUUGGGAACAUAAUGAUUCAGCGAUAAAAGCUAGUAACAGGGCAAGUGAUAAUAAAGAAAAGAUACAACUUUAAAUAAUGACAGUACAUUUCCCAAGUCUGUGGGAAUCUUUCCAUGUUGUGUAAGGAAAUGUUAAUAAUUUGUAUAGGGGAUCUGAACCCAUUUUAAUUUACAAAUAUAUUAUGUACAGGUA